AUGAACAUUAAAUCGACGAAUUCGUGGGGUUACAAAAUCCAUAACAAAUGGGAUGGGAUAGUGGGAAUGGUGGAGUCCGGAGAAGUGGAUUUCUCGGUUUGCCUGAACGCUAUCCGGCUCGAACGACUCGAUGUCAUCGACUAUGCGGCCAAUUCAAUUUGGACCAUAAAGUAUAUAAUAGCUAUAUUUCGUUCUCGUGACAAUCACAGAAAUAUAUUGUCUCCAAAUACGAUUAUUUUUGUUUUUAUAUUUUAUAAAGACUUGUUCUGUGUCGUAUACGCCAAGGCUUUCGUUAAUAUCGCUUCUUUAUUUUAAUUUUUCACCUAGACCCUGUUUCAUAUAUCGCAAUAUCCGAUCGUCGACAAAUUCGAUAAACAUAUUCCUACAGCCCUUUCGAAAAUCUGUUUGGUUUUCCUUAAUUGCAGUGGUGUUACUAUCUACUUUUGUCCACUACACGAUCGUACAUUUCGAAUCGUCUCAAAAUAGGUGCAUGUUGAAAGCGUUUACCGAUAUAUUCUUACUGAAAAUCUGCGCUUUGUGUCAACAAGGUAUAAUUAUUUUAUUGAAACCAUCUUUUUACUAAACAUUUAAUUUUUCUAUAAUAGGUACAUUUUUUUUUUUUACUCAUAUUACAGGCACGGCUGUAGAGCCCACAAAGUUUAGCAACAGGUUAAUCGUCUUUUUAAUGUUCGUAUUCAGUUUGAUAAUUUAUCAGUUUUAUUCGUCGAGUAUAGUCUCGAGUUUAUUGCGCCACACUGUAACAUUAAAUAUCGACUCUGUGAAAAAAUUAGAGGAAAGCGGAUUUGACGUUGGAGUCGAAAAUCUCCAAUUUGUCACUAAAGCUAUUGAAGUAAGUGUACAUUUAGUGUUUUAUGAUUAAAAAUAUUAUUACUGAAUGCAUUUAUUUAUGUUUGUGUGGGGUGAAUAGAAACACGGUGAAAUCGAUCCGUAUAUGAAACGAAUUAUCGAUAAAAAAAUUAAUCCUAAAUCGGAGUAUCUUGUGGUCAAAGAGGGCGUACAGCGGAUCAGAAAAGGUCAUUAUGCAUUUUUCACCGAUCCGUCGACGUCUUAUUGGAUAAUAAAAAAUAUAUUCUCGGAAGCAGAAAAAUGUGACUUGUCAGAAUUUGCGAUAAACAAACCGGAAGCAACCGCCUAUUUAGUACCGAAAAAAUCGCCUUACAAAAAAUUAAUCAACUACGCGUAAUUAUAUUAGUAUUUAUAUCUAAGUAAAAAAAAAAAUAAUAAUAAUAAUAAAUAUUAAUUAUCGUUUGUUUCAGAAACGAUGUAUUAAUGGAAACUGGACUCGUCGAAAGAGAACUGCGAAAAUGGUACGGAAUGAAACCAAAAUGUGUGGCCGGCAAAACUAAGACCGAAGAAUCUCUGGUUAGCGUAGGAAUCAAAGACAUAGCGUCACUUUUGGUUUUCUUAUCGGUCGGUGUCAUUGUUUCUCUAACCGUUUUAAUAAUGGAAAUAAUUGUCCACCAAUAUCAUACAGAAAAAACAAAAACAAAUGAACGUACAGUGAAAAUCUAUAUCACAUAG